CUUUCAGGCUGUUCCUCCAAGUCAUUCAAGCUGUACUCUCCAAAGGAGCCCCCCAACGGCAGCUCCUUCCCCCCGUUCCACCCCGGCACCAUGCUGGACAGAGACCUGGGCCCAACCCCCAUGUACCCCCCCUCAUACCUGGAGCCUGGAAUAGGGAGACACACACCAUACGGGAACCAGACAGACUACAGGAUAUUUGAGCUCAACAAACGGCUACAGAACUGGACAGAGGAAUGUGAUAAUCUGUGGUGGGAUGCAUUCACUACAGAGUUCUUUGAGGACGAUGCCAUGUUGACCAUAACCUUCUGUCUGGAGGAUGGGCCCAAGAGAUACACGAUUGGCCGGACGUUGAUCCCGCGGUACUUCCGGAGUAUAUUCGAGGGGGGCGCCACCGACCUCUACUACGUGUUGAAGCACCCCAAAGAGUCCUUCCACAACAACUUCGUCUCGCUGGACUGUGACCAGUGUACCAUGGUUACGCAGAACGGAAAACCCAUGUUCACACAGGUGUGUGUGGAGGGUCGUCUGUACCUGGAGUUCAUGUUUGACGACAUGAUGAGGAUCAAGACGUGGCACUUCAGCAUCCGACAGCACCGUGAACUGAUACCACGCAGUAUACUGGCCAUGCACGCCCAGGACCCCCAGAUGUUAGACCAGCUGUCUAAGAACAUAACCAGAUGUGGACUGUCGAACUCCACCCUCAACUACCUCCGACUGUGUGUGAUUCUGGAGCCCAUGCAGGAGCUGAUGUCCAGACACAAGACCUACAGCCUCAGCCCCAGGGACUGUCUCAAGACCUGCCUCUUCCAGAAGUGGCAACGCAUGGUGGCCCCGCCAGCUGAACCAGCCAGACAGGCCCCUAAUAAGAGGAGGAAGCGUAAGAUGUCAGGCGGCAGCACCAUGAGUGCUGGAGGAGGAACCACCAACAACAACAACAAGAAGAAGAGUCCAGCGAGCAGCUUCCCCCUGUCCAGCCAAGUACCAGACGUGAUGGUGGUGGGAGAGCCCACCCUGAUGGGAGGGGAGUUCGGGGACGAGGACGAGCGCCUGAUCACGCGGCUGGAGAACCAACAGUUUGACGCGGCCAACGGCAUCGAUGACGAGGACAGCUUCAACAACAGCCCCGCGCUGGGCGCCAACUCUCCCUGGAACAACAAGGCCCCAUCCAGCCAGGAGAGCAAGAGUGACAACCCUACGUCUCAGGCCUCACAGUAGAGGAGGGGAGGGAGGGGAGGGGCUUCCAUAGUCUUAAAGGGGUUUCCUCUCCUUGUGGGUGUGUGUCAAUUGUCUGUAGUGGCUUCCUGACUGUUCUUAUCUUUUUCUCUUAAAGGGGCAAUCCGCAGUUGAAAAAAUAACUCGGUGUCACCUCGACCUCCUGUUUUAGUAAAAAGCUGAGGGACGGGCCUGGAGAAGUGUAACCACUCUAAAAUUCAUAGACCGCUAUGGGUACAAGGACUUACCAUCCAAGAUAUAACAAAAAUAUAUAUAUAUAGUUUGACGCAUGUUUUGAGGCUCUACAGUUUUAACAUGAGAUGUACAGUGGGUACAGAGUAACCCACGUUGAUGUUGUGGGUCGUGACGGGGUGCGUCAGUACAAUGAAGCCCCUGAGACAGUUAAAGGUCAUAUAGUCCUCAAGAAUCAACAGGUACAUAUCAUUCAUUUAGAAGUCCAAAAAAUGGCUGUAGGGACUACGGAUUGCCCCUUUUUAUAAUAGGGAUCUUAUCUUGGCCUGUGGAGUAGACGGAGUAUCCCUCUGGUUGAUAAGAGGUUUCCUUUCCCUGUCUACCUUCCUUCAUCAGUUCUGAUUGGUCAGUGACAGGAAAUGACUGAGAGCUAUUACUUAUAUGGGCCUCCUCCAUACCUGGCUCUCCGAGCUGCUCUUUUAAGGAGAGACCUGAGGAGAGGGAAGACGCUUGGGACAGUUGAGAUGCACCCAGGCAGGGGUGCAGGAAGGGGUGGUGGGGUAGGGAGAGGGCGGCUGAGCGGGGGAGGGGGACACGAGGACGAAUCACACAUCUACCUUCAGAGGAAUCAUGGUCACUAGAUAUGGAGUCUUAACUCUGGUCCACUCUGCUGCUGCACUGUGUGUGUGUGUGUGUGUGUGUGUGUGUGUGUGUGUGUGUGUGUGUGUGGCUGUUACUUGGUCAGAACUAAAGCCUGGACUGUGCCAAAGCUAGCGGACCGGAGUUGAGAUCCAAUCAGUUUAAAAUGCUUUCACACACACACACACACACACACACACACACACACACACACACACACACACACACACACACACACACACACCAUUGAAGGAGUACUGAUCCAACCUUUUAACAGAUAACAGAAAGCAUUUAAACAACGACAACAUUUUAGAGUUUUAUACCAGUCUCUAUUUCCCUAGAAUGUUUUUAUUUUAUUUUCUACUCCCGCAUUUCAAAUCUACUUUUUAUUUGUUCUUUUUUACCGACGAUAUUCAGAAGCUAACAGACCAAGGAGCCAGAACACAGGACUGCUGUUAUUCUACCCUCCCCCUGACAAAAUAUAUUUGGUCUGUUUUAAUAUCUUUUAAAGAGAAAUAAUUGUGAAUGUUUUUCUGUUUUUUGAGAUUGAUUUUCUCCUUGUUUUUAGUGUAUUUGUGCUUGUAUAUUUAAGGUAGUAGCAACGUUCUGUACGACUGUAUUCUGACUUAGAGGUUCCUGAAGCCAUUCUGAUCUAAUGGAAAGAAAUUAAAUGAAAAAGACAUGGACAAAAAGAAGGAAAAAACACAUGAACCUCUUAACCAAUCCCCUCUCUCCAUUUACAUCUCUCAACCAAUCCCCUCUCUCCAUUUACAUCUCUCAACCAAUCCCGUCUCUCCAUUUACAUCUCUUAACCAAUCCCCUCUCUCCAUUUACAUCUCUCAACCAAUCCCCUCUCUCCAUUUACAUCUCUCAACCAAUCCCCUCUCUCCAUUUACAUCUCUCAACCAAUCCCGUCUCUCCAUUUACAUCUCUUAACCAAUCCCCUCUCUCCAUUUACAUCUCUCAACCAAUCCCGUCUCUCCAUUUACAUCUCUUAACCAAUCCCCUCUCUCCAUUUACAUCUCUUAACCAAUCCCCUCUCUCCAUUUACAUCUCUCAACCAAUCCCCUCUCUCCAUUUACACCUCUUAACCAAUCCCCUCUCUCCAUUUACAUCUCUCAACCAAUCCCCUCUCUCCAUCUACAUCUCUCAACCAAUCCCCUCUCUCCAUCUACAUCUCUUAACCAAUCCCCUCUCUCCAUCUUUCUCUCUCUCUCUUUACAGUGUCCAUCCUGAUCAUAACAGUGACACCUCUCUCUCUUUACAGUGUCCAUCCUGAUCAUAACAGUGACACCUCUCUCUCUCUCUCUUUUUUCUUCUUUCUUUUAAAUGUUUUUUUUAACUUGUGUACAUUCAUUUAUAAACCCCUGGGGUACAGUCACCAUUGAGAAGACAGAACCCCGGGGUACAGUCACCAUUGAGAAGACAGAACCCUGGGGUACAGUCACCAUUGAGAAGACAGAACCCUGGGGUACAGUCACCAUUGAGAAGACAGAACCCUGGGGUACAGUCACCAUUGAGAAGACAUAACCCCGGGGUACAGUCACCAUUGAGAAGACAUAACCCUGGGGUACAGUCACCAUUGAGAAGACAGAACCCUGGGGUACAGUCACCAUUGAGAAGACAUAACCCUGGGGUACAGUCACCAUUGAGAAGACAUAACCCUGGGGUACAGUCACCAUUGAGAAGACAGAACCCUGGGGUACAGUCACCAUUGAGAAGACAGAACCCUGGGGUACAGUCACCAUUGAGAAGACAUAACCCUGGGGUACAGUCACCAUUGAGAAGACAUAACCCCGGGGUACAGUCACCAUUGAGAAGACAGAACCCUGGGGUACAGUCACCAUUGAGAAGACAUAACCCUGGGGUACAGUCACCAUUGAGAAGACAAAACCCUGGGGUACAGUCACCAUUGAGAAGACAUAACCCUGGGGUACAGUCACCAUUGAGAAGACAUAACCCUGGGGUACAGUCACCAUUGAGAAGACAUAACCCCGGGGUACAGUCACCAUUGAGAAGACAUAACCCGGGGGUACAGUCACCAUUGAGAAGACAUAACCCCGGGGUACAGUCACCAUUGAGAAGACAUAACCCUGGGGUACAGUCACCAUUGAGAAGACAGAACCCUGGGGUACAGUCACCAUUGAGAAGACAUGUUUGCAUCUUCAAGUUCAGCAGAUUUAUUUUUUUUUCAUUUCAUUUUUCUAUUUAUUUUUAAUGAAAUAUCAGAUAUACGUUCUGUUUCUCCACCCCCCCCCCCACCCCCCCCACCCGGUUACACUCUCAUCCUAAAUGUACACUACUAUUAUCAAAUAAGCUAACGAUCUACUGCUGUUUAAAACGUCUGAACAGACAACCUGACAUCAUUCAUCCACCCACGUGUCCCAAAUGGCACCCUAAUCCCUAUCAAGUUAUGGUCGAAGGUAGUGCACUACAUACAGAAUAGAGUGUCAUUCGGGACGCAACCCCAACUAGUUAUUAAUGUUUGCCUGAAGUCGUAGGGUUGUAUAUAUUUCCAAUACCUGUGUUGUAUAGGCUUGAUCUGUGAUAUUGAGUCUGUUGCGCAUGUGUUUGGUAAUACCUUCAACUCUCACAAGGGGGCGCUGUUAGAGUAUCACAAAUAAGAUCAUUACGUCAUUACAUCCAGUUCAACCCCGCCCCCCCCCCCAGAGCACCCUAUGUAGUGCAGUACUUUUGUUCAGGGCCAAUAUGAGAGCAGGGGGCCAUUUGAGACAUGGCCCAUGUUAUUUAGUUCUGUAAAUGUCGUUCCAGCUCUGUCAAGUACAUUGUGUACAUUGUCAGUACAGCUCUGGCUGAAACAGAGAAUAUGUCCCCAAUGGCACCCUAUUCCCUACAUAGAGCACUACUUUAGACCAGGACCCAUUGGGCCUGGUCAAAAGUAGUGCACUAUAUAAGGGAACAGGGGGCCAUUUUGGAUGCAAGCCUAGAGAAGGGUGACUGGUACCCUAAACCAACUCUGUAGAAAAAGCCUUGUUUGAUAUUUUGGUUAGUUUUUUUGCCCUUGAUACUUAUUGAUGAAUUAAUUAAUGUAUGGUACCAAUAAAAAUAUACAUUUUCACUUUAAAAUGAA